CACACACUUCCAUCCUGAACACUGCCAGCUUUCUACGAAACAUCACAAAACAUUUACAAUUUUUGCCCACCGCUACACAGUCGGCAAUCAUGGCUACAGCAUCUGUAUCGACACCCCUCAAGUCCCAUGCAGGACUCUUCUCCGCCCGUACUGCCGGCGGGCGGAUGCCCUUGACUCCUUCCCCGCGUCAGCGUUCUGCUGCGGUGAACGUAAACUCGACACCGUACACGCCCGAGAGGACGGGCAACGACGAUCAGCGGGUCGUGUCUAAGUCGGUUUAUGGUGGCAACCUUGCUGCCCAUUUUGCGAAGUCCAAGAGCCACCGAGAGUCCCCCAAGUCAAACAUUGCGCGAGUCGUCUCGACGCCGCGAAAAGCCCUGGAGCUCGGUGUUUCCGACUUUGCACUGACCGGAACCGGCGCCCAUGUCAAGACACCACCCGGCAACAAGACGAAGAGGCAAACUGCCAUCAGGCAAAAGGCCUCCAAGACGACAGUGACUUACAACGCCGACCGCUUCAUUCCCAACCGGAGUGCAAGCUCUGCCAUCGCGAACGUCGGAUCCGGAAAGCUUGAGAUGCGCGACAAGAAGCGCCCAGGCUCGAGAGUUGGCCACAGCGAGGCGUCAUCGGUCCUUGCAUCGGCAACCGAUGAUGCCAUUGCGGCACUCGAGGGUCUUAACAUCAACGAGGACGAGGAACCCGCGUCACACCCCCGCCCCUCUCCCACUACGGUGGCAUACCAGGACUCAAUCGCGAAUGCUUGCGGUGUCAAUCUGAACACCCGCAUUCUGGAGUUCAAGCCCGCGCCUCCGGAGUCAUCCAAGCCCAUCGACCUGCGACAGCAGUACAACCGGCCUUUGAAGAACGCCAACGCCAGCUCGGCACAGUUUAGACGUCGCAUCGCCACCGCUCCGGAGCGCGUCCUGGACGCUCCCGGGCUUAUCGACGAUUAUUAUCUGAACCUCCUAGACUGGAGCUCGGGUAACCAGGUCGCCAUCGGCCUGGAGCGCAAUGUCUAUGUCUGGUCGGCAGAUGAGGGCUCGGUUAGCUGUCUUGUCGAGACGAGUCCCGAUACGUACGUGAGCAGCGUUAAGUGGUCCGGGGACGGGGCCUAUGUGGGCGUGGGUCUCGGUACCGGUGAGGUACAGAUCUGGGAUGUUGCCGAGGGCGUCAAGAUUCGCAGUAUGUUCGGACAUGACACACGGGUCGGCGUCAUGGGCUGGAACAAGCACCUCCUCUCGACCGGCGCGAGGAGCGGGCUCGUGUUCAACCACGACGUUCGUAUUGCGGAACACAAGGUUGCCGAGCUCGUCUCGCACACCUCGGAAGUCUGCGGCCUGGAGUGGCGCUCAGACGGUGCUCAGCUUGCCACGGGCGGGAACGACAACCUCGUCUCGAUUUGGGAUGCCCGGUCCCUGGCCGUUCCCAAGUUCACCAAGACAAACCACAAGGCGGCCGUCAAGGCUCUAGCUUGGUGCCCGUGGAACCUGAACCUGCUCGCUACCGGGGGCGGUUCGUACGACCGCCACAUCCACUUCUGGAACACGACCUCCGGCGCACGCGUCAACAGCAUCGACACCGGUUCGCAAGUGACAAGCCUGCGCUGGAGCCCUCACUAUCGCGAGAUUGUGAGCUCAAGCGGCUUCCCGGACAACUCGCUGAGCAUCUGGAGCUACCCUACGCUUGUCCGCAACGUAGAGAUCCCCGCGCACGAGAGCAGAGUUCUCCACAGUUGCCUCAGCCCUGACGGUCAGAUGCUCGCCACAGCUGCUGCCGACGAAAGCUUGAAGUUCUGGAAGAUUUUUGAGAAGAAGGCAGGAGCCGGCGCCGGCAUUGGCGGUGCUGGUGCCUCGGGAAAGGCCACCAUGACCAACCAGAUGACCAUCCGCUAAGUCUGGGGCCCGUUAUGCACGCACGGGAAUCCGGAGUAAAGAAUUUUAUGUAAUUCAUGAUUGUUUUGCUUAAUGUAGAUAAUUUGAUUAAAUAUCUCCGUGCGGGAGAGAAAUAGGAUCAUGUUUGAUCUGGUGUAUCGUCCACCAGUAUCAUUGGCGCAGUACCUAUGCAGGCCAGAGCCUGGAUUGACGGGUUGUGCCAACCGUAAACCGAUCCGCCGUCUGGCCUGUGUUUACCAUCAGGGAUUCCACCAUCUCGCCGGCUAAGUCUCAUAGAACAAAGCGAGAAGUAAAGCUGCGAGCUCCACGCAGAAAAUCUCUCCGUCUUAUGUUUGUAUGCGCUUGUUUGCUUAUAAGCCC